UGUCUCAAGGGGGAGAGCCUGUCCUGCUUCAAUCAACCGUUGACAAAAGACAAAACAAAACAUCAAGUGCACACGUCGAGACAAUCAAGUGUCGGUCCCAUCGGAGUUUACUUUGGGCCCGUUAACUAUAUUUUUAUCGUGUCAAGUGGAUUAGUUACGGGACAUCUCGAGGGACAUUACCCUGAGGCGAUGGUCUGGCCAACGGUGGCCUUGCUGGGUCUAUCGACCCUGACGCUGGUCACCUCCUAUCGCAUGCCAGAGCACCAUCUUCAGCCACCAAUCGACGUGGACAGUCACUCGUACGUCAUUCCUGAUAAUCAGCCUCAUCUCGCCCUCGAGUCCUCCCACAUUCCCCUCCGCGAUGCCGUGGAGUUCAAUCCUCAUGGUGAUGACAGAAAGAGUCAACGACUGGAGGACAUUCCUCAAGACAUUCCAAAGAGGAUUCCACUGAGGGAUGCUGUGGAGCGACGACCUCCUCCUCCUCUGGGAAAUCGAGUUGUUAAUCACGAGUCUAUCUGGUUGGAGCAAUUACUUAUUCCUGCUGUUCGUCGUAAUCAAGGGCCCAUCGUUGUCGUCUGCCACUUGGACUCCAGUGCUGUCUACAGGAAUGAUCCAUUCUCUCUGGUCCCACGUGGAAUUCCCAGCAGAAGGUGCUCGCACGUUGUUUACAAUUCAGCGACUAUAGAUCCUGAGAAACUCGUCGUUGUACCUCAGGACCCAGAGUACGACGAGAUCAAAGGUGGUUACAAAGCAGCGGUGGGUCUCCGUGGAAGGGACCCAUCACUUCGGGUCCUCAUCUCGAUAGUCUCACCAGGUACAGGAGGACUUUACACAGACUUAGCGAGCGAUUCAAAUCGCACAGAUAUUUUCCUGGGAUCCGUUCUCUCAUUCCUCCAGAAGCACCACUUCGAUGGUAUCGAGAUAAACUGGGCCCACGCCCCAAAUAACCGUCUUAAGUCCCUCCUAAGGGCCCUGUACUCCCCCCUGAAGUCCCAGGGGUACACCCUGGCCCUCGUGGUCCGACCGGAAGACGAAGUAGAUCCGGAACUCGCUGAUCAGGCAGAUCUGCUAUUUUUUCAGGCGUGGAAACACACCCCACAGAAAUUAGCUCUCCACCCUGCGCCACUUUCUUUCGCCACAAAUUUAAUUGGGACUUGGUUAAAACGUGGGACUAAUCCCCGAAAGAUAAUCCUAGGAAUCCCGACAUUCGGCAGGAGUUACACCCUGAAAUACAGAAAUGACACAAAUGCAGGGGCUCCAGUGGUGGGUCCAGGUAUUCCUGGCCGUCACACAAAUUUCCCAGGGGUCUGGUCUUAUUACGAAGCAUGCGGCAUGAUCGAAGAGCAGUGGUACGCAGGAAGAGAUGCCGAAGGGUCCUACAUAAAAAGAGGUGACCAGUGGGUGGGGUACGAGGAUCCCAUCUCCGUGAAACUCAAGACAGCGUACAUCAAGCAGAUGGGCCUGGGGGGUGUGGACCUGUCCACUCUGGAUCUAGAUGAUUUUGUGGGCAUCUGCGGGGACCCAUGGCCCAUGCUGACUACCGCCACUACUAGCCUGGGCCUCUACGAUGUUCCCAUCGGGAGGUGCACCCUCGAUGGAGUCACCGGCGACCCCGACAACUGCUCAGGAUUCCUCAUCUGUGAUAAGGGGAGUCUCUACAAGGGCUCCUGCGGAAUCGGUAGAUUCUUCAAUGCCAUCACCACCACUUGCUCCAGGGCAGAUCCUGCUUUGUGCAAUCCCGGGUAUUUUCACACUGAGAGAAAUCUACAUGUGCAGGGAUUUCCAGUUGGGUACAGGAUCCUUUCGAACUUGAAGGAGAAGCAGCAGAGGCAGAAGCUCCAGAUGAGCCAUAAAGGCCCGAGGGUUGUCUGCUACGUCACCUCGUGGUCCCUCUACAGAAAGGGCGAGGGGAAAUUUGUCCCUGAACACCUGGACCCCAGACUCUGCACUGACGUUAUCUACGCUUUUUCAGGGCUCAAUCCAGAUAAUCUCAUGAUUCAGCCGUUCGAUCCUUGGGCUGAUAUUGAUAAUAAUCUCUAUGGGAGGAUCACCUCGGUGGAGGGGCCCAGAGUUCUCCUGGCACUCGGGGGAUGGACUGACAGCACUGGAGACAAAUAUUCCAAACUCGUCGGAAGCCCUUCGUCUCGACAGAGAUUCAUUGCCACGACUGUUAAUUAUUUACACAUGAAUAAUUUCGAUGGACUAUCACUCGAGUGGAAUUACCCCAAAUGCUGGCAGAGUGACUGCAAAAAAGGCCCCGAUUCCGAUAAAAUGAACUUUGCAAAACUAGUGCAAGAGAUCAGAAAUGCAUUUAAUGAGGCGAAUCCUCCGUUGACACUCGCUGUCGCUCUGUCAGGGUAUAAGGAGGUCAUCGACAGGGCUUAUGACGUAGCUGAGAUUUCUCUGGCUGCGGACUUUAUCUCGGUGAUGACUUACGAUUAUCAUGGGGCCUGGGAGUCCAAGACUGGACAUCUCGCGCCUCUUUAUGAGCGCUGGGGCGAUGAUAAUCCUUAUUACAAUAUUAAUUUUACCAUGAAUUAUCUCCUGAGUCUUGGGGCCCAGAGGGAGAAACUGGUACCUGGAGUGGCUUUCUAUGGACAAGCUUAUCGUCUAGCUUCGGCGUUCCAGCAUAAAUUAGGGGAUCCGGCUAGUGGCCCCGGGACUCCUGGUGAAUUCACCAAACAGCCUGGAAUGCUGGCUUACUACGAGAUCUGUGAUAAUAUCAAUAAUCGUAAAUGGGAAAUCGGAGAUGGUCCAAGUGCUCAUUAUAAGGAGCAAUUUGUAGCUUUCGAUGAUGCGAAGAGUGUUUUUCGAAAGGGCUCUUGGAUUUUGGAGAAUGGAUUUGCUGGAGCUACGGCGUGGACUGUCGAUCUCGAUGACUUCACUAAUCGCUGUUGCCAGGAGUCAUUCCCACUCCUGCGAAGUCUCAAUCGAGCACUGGGACGUCUUCUGGAUCCUGCCCCGACUGGAAGAAAUUGCGAACGCCCGUCAGAACCAUUCACCCCUCAACCGCCCACCAUGACAACUCAUAGUGAUGCAAACGACGGGGGUCCGCGACCCACCCACUCCAUGACCACCUCGAGCACGAGCAAAUCGACGACAUGGCCCACUUGGACGGAGAGACCUAGUAAAAAACCCAUGACCACCACCACCUGGCCUACCUGGACCUGGAGCACUGCUGGAACCACUACUACAACCGUCAGAGCACCGACUAGAUGGACAACAACUACAACGAAGAAACCCGUCGAAACCGAGGAGUCACCGGUACCAGGUACCCCAUGUAGCGCCGGUGAAUACGUUCCAGACCCCAAUAACUGUGGGAAUUACCUUCGCUGUGUCCUCGGGGAAUUUCGCCGUGAGUUUUGCACACCGGGUCUCCACUGGGAUGACAAAAGAGGACGUUGUGAUUGGCCGGCAGCUGCUAAAUGCCAACAAGUCACUGCAAGUGUUGGCACCCAGAAACCGAUUUCGACGUGGAUACCAUCUACGAGGCCACAAUCACGCCCUACGAGACCCACAACGCCGAAACCCAUUGAUGGGCCGGUGGUAGGGCCCAAAGACUGCGAGCAUGGACAGUACUACGCAUACCCGGAGUCCUGCACUCAUUUUCUCAUUUGUGUGAACAAUAAUCUCGUUCUUCAGCAAUGUGGUCCCGGUUUAAAUUGGAAUGAUAAGAAAAGCAUGUGCGAUUGGGCUUUCAAAAAUCCCUGCAACGACAAACCAAAUAAAAAUUCGCCACUAGUUAUGAAAGAUAAGACGAGAAAUGAGCCGUGCAUCCCCGGAAGUUUCAGUGAAGUCCCAGAGGAUUGUGCGAGCUACCACGCCUGCCUGUGGGGUCGUCACGAGAAAUUCUCGUGCGCCCCAGGUCUCCACUUCAACAAACAAACUCACAUCUGCGAUUGGCCAGCACGUGCCAAGUGCAAAGCAGAAUCAGAAAAACCACCAGUCGAGCCCUUUAAUUACAUAACAACCAGUCGGCCUGUGAAACCCACGAAGAAUCCGAUUACCACAACAACUCAAAACUGGAACGAGCCCUGGACUGAGAAACCCAAGCCGCUGCCACCUCCUCUGAUCAAUCCCUCGAAGGUUUCUCCACUGUCCGGACACUUCAAAGUUGUCUGUUACUUCACGAAUUGGGCCUGGUACCGGACAGGAGUGGGCAAGUACCUCCCUGAGAACAUCGAUCACACUCUCUGCACCCACAUCGUCUAUGGAUUUGCUGUGCUCGAUUACUCCGAGCUCACCAUCAGGGCUCACGACUCCUGGGCUGAUUUCGAUAACAGAUUCUACGAUAGAGUUGUUGUUUAUAAACAAAGGGGCCUGAAGGUGUUGCUGGCACUGGGAGGCUGGAACGACUCGGCCGGGGACAAGUACAGUAGAUUAGUCAAUUCUCCAGCUGCCAGAAGUAAAUUCAUUGAUCACGCUGUCAAAUUCAUCGAGAAAUACAAUUUCGAUGGGCUCGACAUGGAUUGGGAGUACCCAGUCUGCUGGCAGGUGGAAUGCAAUAAAGGGCCGGCUUCUGACAAGGAAGGCUUUGCGGCUCUUCUACGAGAACUCAGCGCUCAAUUGAAACCUAGAGGACUUCUCCUGUCAUCAGCUGUAUCUCCAAAUAAAUUGGUGAUUGAUAAGGGGUAUGAUGUGCCCACCCUGGCAAAAUACCUGGACUGGAUUGCAGUUAUGACUUACGAUUAUCAUGGACAGUGGGACAAGAAAACUGGACAUGUAGCUCCACUCUAUCAUCACGAAGCCGACGACGCUUAUUUCUUCAAUGCUAAUUAUUCGAUUAAUUAUUGGAUUUCCAAGGGAGCACCACCGAGGAGUAUUGUGAUGGGAAUGCCAUUGUACGGUCAAGCCUUCUCGAUAAACGAUCCGAGUGCAGGAAUGGGCCUGAAUUCUCCAGCGAGUGGUGGAACCGCGGGGGAGUUUACGAAAGCCUCGGGCUUCCUGGCAUACUACGAGAUCUGCGACAGGAUAAGGAAUCACGGUUGGAAGGUGUACCAGGACCCACAAAGGCGAAUGGGGCCUUACGCGUACAAGGGGAACCAGUGGGUGAGUUUCGACGAUGCAGACAUGAUACGUCAGAAGUCUCAGUACAUCAGGGAUAUGGGUCUGGGGGGUGGAAUGGUGUGGGCACUGGAUCUCGAUGACUUCAGGGGUAGGUGCGGCCAGGGUGAGCAUCCCCUGAUGCACACUAUCCAGCAGGUGCUUGCUGAACCACCGACUAGUCAUGACAGGCCCAUCAGACCUCCUGCAUUUGGUGAGAGUCUCGAGUGGCUGCCCUCAUCUCCCCAGAAGAUGCCCAUUCACCACCAGAAUUUCCACAAGGGUCAAGACGAGUUCAAGGUCGUCUGCUAUUUUACUAAUUGGGCCUGGUACAGACAGGAGGGGGGCAAGUACCUUCCGGAGGAUAUCGAUGCGGAUUUGUGCACUCAUGUGAUUUAUGCAUUUGCUGUUCUCGAUGGGUCCACAGGAACCAUCAAACCUCAUGACUCAUGGGCGGAUAUCGAUAAUAAAUUUUAUGAACGAGUGGUUGCGUAUAAAGCGAAGGGAGUCAAAGUAUUAAUAGGAAUCGGUGGCUGGAAUGACUCGGCUGGUGAUAAAUACAGCCGACUCGUGAAUUCUCCAUCGGCGAGGGCGAGAUUUAUCUCUCAUGUCAUUCAAUUCAUCGAGAAGUAUGGGUUUGAGGGACUGGAUUUGGAUUGGGAGUAUCCAGUUUGCUGGCAGGUGGAUUGUUCGAAAGGUCCACCUUCAGACAAAGAAAGUUUCACAUCAUUCGUUCGAGAGCUCAGUGAUGCCUUCAAACCCAAGGGUUUGUUACUCUCCACGGCAGUAUCCCCUAGUAAACGUGUCAUCGACGCUGGUUACGACGUAUCCGAAUUAUCCAAAUACUUCGACUGGAUUUCCGUGAUGACUUACGACUUCCACGGCCAGUGGGACAAAAAAACCGGUCACGUAGCACCACUUUACGUGCGGAGCGACGACUGGGAGCGAACAUUCAACGCCAACUUCUCCAUUAAUUACUGGAUAGAGAAGGGAGCAUCACCCAGGAAAAUCGUCAUGGGAGCACCACUUUAUGGUCAAUCAUUCAGUCUAGCCGAGAGGAGUCAGAGGGGACUGAAUGCUCCCACUUAUGGUGGAGGCGAGGCUGGGGAAUCCACCAGAGCUAGAGGAUUCCUCGCGUACUACGAGAUCUGCGAGAGAACCUUGAAGAGAGGAUGGACAGUGAUUCAGGACCCCGAUAGAAGAAUUGGGCCUUACGCGUAUUCUGGGGACCAGUGGGUGAGUUUUGAUGAUGCAGAGCAGAUCAGGCUAAAAGCAGAGUUCAUAAAAAAAAUGGGUCUGGGGGGAGGAAUGGUCUGGGCCCUGGACUUGGAUGAUUUUAAAAAUCGUUGUGGAUGUGAGCCAAGUCCUCUUCUCCGAACCAUGAAUCGAGUCCUGAGGAAUUAUCCUCCUGGACCCACGUGCCCUAUCAGCCUCCCAGAGGCUCCAACUCAGUCCACUGUCUCCCCAGUGACUCUGGAAAAUUGGCCAGGGUCUACCUCACCCUCUUCGUCCUCAACAAUCGACACAGAAGACACUAUCGAGAUCGAGGCAGGUCCACCACCACCUGCUGCCAUCCCCAUUGGCGAGUGCCAGGGGAGGCUCUUCAUACCCCACAAAUCAGAUUGCUCGAAAUAUCUCAUCUGCAAUUUUGGACAGAUCCAGGAGUUGUCGUGCCCCAGUGGUCUCCACUGGAACAGCGAUCGUUGUGACUGGCCUGAGAACAGCAAGUGUAAGAAAAAUCUGCAGCUGGUGAACUCCAUCGAGUCGAAUAAUUAUUUGAGAUGAGUCUGUGGAGUCUCCCCUUUAUUUUUAUCCUUCGAUACUCUUCCGGUUGACAUGACUCGCUAGAGCAGCUUUAAUUCUGGAGUUAUUAACUGAAUUUGCAGUUUGCAAUUUCCCGAUUUUAUUAUUAAUUAAAAUUCGGCAAUCCUGCAAAACCAAUUUUUACUUUAAAAAAAUUGUAAUGCGUUUUAAAAAAUGACGUUCAUAAAUUCUUUUUGCUUGCAUAAUUCAUUUUCUCAUUAACUUCGAAAAUGAUUAAUUAUUAAAAAAGGUUUAUAAUACUAAAUAUUAGAGCUGCUUUAAAAAUUCUUCACAAAUGUUAUGUCACCUGCGAAGACAAUGAAAAAUUGCCAAUGUAUCUCUUCCACAACGAUCAACUGAAUAAAGCAUCGUGAUUUUUAUACAUAAAUUCCACAUUGACGAC